CUGCAACACCAGGUCAUCUCAGCCCUACUGUAGCUUCUGUCUGCUGAGUUUGUGCUUAUAAUCAUGUCUGCACCCUUUCUGUCAUCUUCAACUGUCUCAGAAGGAGCAGUGUGACACCUCCAAGGCAAAGGGCGACAACACCGUCUGUAAUUUUAAUGGGUGCUGGAGAGGGCGUGUCCGUGUCAGAAACAGGGAGAGAAUCCUCUGAAUGGAAGGUGAUGUCAUCCUGAAAGAAGAACAGCACAUAAACACGCUGCACAAAGUCAGACUGGAAGUAAAGUACAGCCAACAUGGAUUCUCAAAGUCCUAGGACGAACAGGGGUGUGAUCUUCGUCUAAACCUGCUCUGACACAGAGGACGACAACUGGUUACAUUUUGUCACGUGCACAUAUUUAGAGUGUGUGGAAUGCUGAGGCCAGCUCACUGUGCAGCCAAAUGAACCCCCACCACUGGUCCAGCUUUGGAUUUCUUCAAGAAUAAUUCAUGCAUUCUUCACCAAGUCCUUCUUCAGCCUUUUUUAACAGUAUGACUUGUUUUGUGUAGAUUGUUUCCCGUGUGCAUUAGUAGAUUUGGGUAAUAUAUAUGAUUGGAUUGGUGCCAUAUGUGGUAUUUUUGUACCGAGCUCAGUGUGGCUCAGACUGCAGUCACUCUGCAUGUUGUUUGAUCUGAGGUGGAAAAUCUCUACAAGCACACGGCUGCACUGUGAGUCCGUGGCAAACCUUCAUAAGAUCCAGAUCUAAUCAGAAGUGGGUUUCCGGGUCUAGAUGUUUCUUCACACUGUACUGGUGGUCCUCACGGACCUGACAGCCCGGCUCCUUGGAAAUACUUUGUUCAGGCGACAUUUCCACCUCGCACUGUCGGCGGUGGUGUUGUUCGGCCCCGCACUGAGCUUCUGGGUCUCCCAGCACAGCAUCUUCGCCAAGAAAAGCCACUUCAUUUACAGGAUGUUCUUGCGCUCUGGUUGGGGCUGGACUUGCAUCUUUGUCGGAUCCUUUGUCUUCCUCCUCUCCUUCUCCAUCCGACGCUCCCUCUCUCUCUCAGCCCGUCAUCUCUCCCGACUCAUGGUGGCUGGUGGUCUGUGGCUCGGCUUCUGCAAACUCUUGGACCUUUUGGAGAAUGCCACAGGAAGCUGCUAUGAACUGCUGGUCAGCAAUGCAGACACGACCAAUGAGCCGCCCCUCCUAGUGCUACGAGAAGGUGAGAGCAAGUUGGAGUGCCUGAGAGCCGGGAUGCUGUGGAGGGGCUAUGAAGUGUCAGAAGAUGUCUUCCUCCUCUGUCUGUGCUGCCUCCUGUUAGCCGAGGAGAUGGCUGUGUUUGGGCCUUACCUGACUGGGCGGGAUUUAGACGCCCCCACUGAGAUAUCUCUCUUCCUGUUCUGUGUUCUCCUUCUGCUGCUCUGGAUCUUUCUGCUGCUCUGUCUCUUAGCUUACUUUCCUCAGUUCCCCACUCAAUUGCUAGGGGGCGCACUCGGAUGCCUGAGCUGGAGGGGUCUGUACCAGGGAUGGUACCGCCAGGGUCCCAGCUGGUACUGUCCCGGGCGGCCUGGACUUGGACUGCUCAGCACCAAGACAAGCAGCUCUGAAGCAGAAGGGAGAGAGCUGAGCCAGGAUAAGUGGUUGAACUGAAAGGGGUCAUACAGUAAAAAUCACUUUUAAUCUACCUCUUACUGUUAGAUAUGUUUGGAGGUGUCACUUUACGUGUCCAUAAAAUCCAAGCAGCAACAUCCGGUGCUGAACGGUUUGAAACCAACACUGAUACUGCCAAACCUGCAGUUCCUCAAAUGGCCACUUGGUCCUGAUAUUAGCUACAAGCGACAGUGGCAAAGCAAUGAGUUGCAUUUAUUUUCAAUCAGAGUGAGUGUUUUACAGCGGAAAGAGACAACAGUCACUUUGCCACCAGCUCGGCAGGGCCACAAUAGGCCUGAAGUAUAUUUUAUGCAAAUACUGAGCGACACGACACGCCAACUGUCAGUCGGAGCAAAUAGACAGCGUGAUGUCAGCUAGUUGUUUGCUCAAACAAAAAUAAUCCAAGAUGGGAGGAAUACUCUCUGAAACAGCUGUGUUUCUAUCUAAAUCUUAUAUGUUUCUCUGAUAUUUUGUAAAUGUCAGCGAGAAUGAACACUUCUGAAUCUAAAAAUGUAGUUUUUGUAACCAGAUAACACUUCUG